AUGACCAGAGCCGCUCUCUUACUCGUCGACGUUCAGUACGACUUUCUCGACCAGCCGACCCCGGGAUCCCUGGCCGUUCCAGGAGGACACGAAAUCCUGCCCCACGUCCAUCAUUUGCUCGACACGGGCGAUUGGCAACUCGUCAUCGCGUCACAGGUCAGUUGAAGCAUAGACUGCCAUUAUAUCCUGCACUGUAUUGAAACCCCAAAGUACCCUGAGGACUUUCAUCCCUCUGAUCACAUCUCCUUCGCCUCGCGCCACCAUCGAGAGCCCUUCACCAAGCUCGUCGUUCCCAGACCACCCUCGCAAGAGGCGCACCAGCAGGAGCUAUGGCCCGAUCAUUGUGUGCAAGGCACACACGGGUGCGCGAUUGAGCGGGGCGUACAACAACGAUUGGAUGCGUGGCAGGGGCCUAAACUCGUCGUACAGAAAGUAAGAUGGGAUUUGACUCGCGUCGGCAUCGUCCUUUCCUCGUUGACUCGACAAAAGUGGGGCUCAGCUUUUCAGAGCCCUCCUUGGCUCGGCUAGCUCAGCCUAACACUGAUCCUCACCACACCGCGGGCUCUUUGGUGGUCUUCUAGGGGACAGAUGAAGACCUGGACGCAUACUCAGCUUUCGCCAUACCCUUGACAGCAAAAGAUCAACAGCUCUCCCUGCUCACUCGAGCACUCAUGGGUACGCUUCCUGCGCUGCACCCAAAGCGCCCGAAUGUCUCGCUGAGCUGAUCCAACUGGGCACCUAUUUGUCCCUAUCAUCCAAAUAGAACACAACAUCGACAUAGUCGUCGUCGUCGGCCUCGCCACCGAGUACUGCAUCAAAGCCUCUGCCCUAGCGGCGAUCGAAGAAGGUCGCACACGAGGAUGGAAGGUUCUGAUCGUUCAAGAGGCCGUCAAAGGCAUCGAUACUGAACAAUCACAACGUGCAUUGGAGGAGCUCGAACGUAAGGGUGCGAGAGUUGUGGCUAUGGCUGAUGUAGAGUUGAAUGCAUUGGCUAAGAAGCGGUGA